AUGUCGUCGCGCAAUCCACCGCCCUGGGAGCGAAAUGGCCGCGACCGCCCGCCACAGCGCCCGCCGGCGUCCAGCGUUCCCGCGAAGCGCUCGGCCGACACGCGAUCGCACGACAACGCAGCGAAGCGGUCGAACAACGCGGCCGAGGAGGCGUGGGUAGCCGACGAGGACCGCUUCGUGCUGCAGCAGGCGAAGAAGAAGGCGGCGCUGCGCGUCAAGGGCGGGCGGGCCAAGCCCAUCGACUGGCUGGCCGUCACGCUGCGCUUCAUCGACCCGACCAAGUCGGUGCACGAGGAGGAGGUCGAGGACCACGAGCUGGACGUGCAGGACCCCGAGGGCGUACUGGAGGCGCUGGACGCGGCCGAGCUGGCGGAGCUGGAGAAGGAGAUCGAGCACUACCUUGCGCUGGAGACGCACCGCGGCAACCGGGAGUACUGGAGCGCCCUCAAGACCAUCUGCAAGGACAGCCGCCGCAAGGCGCGGGCGUCGGGCGACGCGCGCAGCACCAGCGCCGUCGCGGCCGACAUCGACCAGCUGCUGGCGCCCAAGACGUUCGAGCAGCUGGAGGCCCUGGAGGCGCAGGUCAAGCGCAAGCUGGACUCGGACGAGCCCAUCGACUACGACUACUGGGAGCAGCUGCUGCGCAGUCUGCGCAUCUGGAAGGCCAAGGCCAAGCUGCGCCGCGUGUCGCAGGAGAUUGUGCGCGAACGCCUGCAGGCCCUGCGCAAGCAGCAGGCCGAGGCCGCCGUGGCAGUGCAGGAGCGGCUGCAGGCCAAGCUGGGCGACGCGUCGGCCGCUGCGGUCGCGUACGAUGCGGCGCUCGACCCGCAGCCGCUGCUGAAGCUGCGCGCCGAGGACAAGGCCCUCCCGCAGGUCGCCGAGAGUGCCUUCCUGGAGGGCAUAGCCGCCGACCGCAAGAAGACACAGAAGCUCGGCUACGUGCCGUCGCUGCGGGGCGCCGCCGACCACGCCGCCGUCGGUGACCAGCCCGCCCGCCACGGCGCUGCGACCGUCAGCGCGUCGCGAUUCGCUCCCGUCGAGAAGGAAGACUACUCGCAGGCAACCAUGGCCCUCUACGAACGCGAGGUCGCACGCGGCGUGGAAGAGGGCGAGGAGGUCUUCGCCGCCGAGGAACAGGUCACGACUGCACGACCACAGUGGGCUGGCACCUACAAGCCACGAAAGCCCCGCUAUUUCAACCGCGUGCAAAUGGGCUACGAGUGGAACAAGUACAACCAGACCCACUACGAUCACGACAAUCCCCCGCCAAAGGUUGUCCAGGGCUACAAGUUCAACAUCUUCUAUCCCGACCUCGUCGACAAGGCAAAAGCCCCAACGUACAAGAUCGAGCGCGAGAACGGCCGCCGUCGGGGCGAAUCUUUUGCUCCCGCUGGCGAGGACGACACGUGUCUGAUCCGGUUCAUUGCCGGGCCGCCCUAUGAGGACAUCGCCUUCCGCAUCGUCGACAAGGAGUGGGACUAUAGCGCCAAACGCGAACGCGGCUUCAAGAGUAGUUUCGACAAGGGCAUUCUACAGCUGCACUUCCAGUUCAAGAAGGUUUACUAUCGCAAAUAG